AUGUCAAGCCCCUCCCACUCAAAGGCAGCUCCCCUCACCAUGCCCACUCGCCAAAACCUGGACCGACUGUCCGAGUCGUCCAUCGGCGAGUGGGAGCGCGGCCGUUCGUCUCACAACGCCCGCAGCCCCACCCAGCCCUCCACCCUGGAAGCCCACAUGAAGAGCAUGACCCUCAACAAGACCCCAGCCGCCCCGUCCUCGGGCGCGACGCCCAAGCCUCCCGCGCCCUCCUCGAUCGCUAGUGCGGGCAGCGCUAGCAGCGCCUCGGCGGCGGCGGCACGCACCAAUCUCUUCCCGCGCCAGCCGCGCGAAGGUUACGGAUUCCGGCCGGCUUCGGGCGCCUCCACCCCUAUCCCGCUCACCUCGCCUCCGGUGGGCCGCGAGAAUGGCGAGUCUGAGGAGAAAGUGGACGAGCUCGAUACGCAGUUCAACGACGACGUGCGCCGCGCACUCCAGCAGCCCGCAUCGCUGGCUGUCGGCGCGAAUGCACUCGUUCCUGACGGCGGGAUCGCCGACGCUGAGGGUCUGGGAUGGCCUGCUAAGCGCACGCAUCUCCGCCUCCACUCGUCGCCGGAGGAGAAGGCGGCCAACCUUGAAGUCCUGGCCGGCGCUCUGCGCACGGUCCUCGAGUGUAUCGGUGAGGACCCAGACCGCGAGGGCCUACAGCGUACCCCUGAGCGCUACGCCAAGGCCCUUAUGUGGAUGACCAAGGGUUACGAGGAGAGGCUGGUCGACGUGAUCAACGACGCAGUCUUCGCCGAGGACCACGAGGAGAUGGUCAUUGUGCGCGACAUUGACGUCUUCUCGCUUUGUGAGCACCACCUCGUCCCAUUCACCGGCAAGAUCAGCAUCGGCUACAUCCCCAGCAAGCUGGUGCUUGGUCUUAGCAAACUUGCCCGCAUCGCCGAGACCUUCUCCCGCCGCCUUCAGGUCCAGGAGCGUCUCACCCGCCAGGUCGCCCUCGCGAUCAUGGAGGCCAUCCGUCCCCGUGGCGUCGCCGUUGUCAUGGAGGCUACGCACAUGUGCAUGUCGAUGCGCGGUGUUCAGAAGCCCGGCGCGACGACCGUCACGUCGACGAUGCUCGGGUGCUUCCGUACGCAGCAGAAGACGCGCGAGGAGUUCCUCACCCUCAUCCGCACUCCUAGCAUGACUAGGCAUUAA